UUCCACAACUUCCAUUUCGGGACAUGCUGUAUACAUAAACUUUAUUGUAGAUAAAUAAUUCCCAAACACAGCCAGUCAACAAUUGACUGCAUGUGUUCGUCGUUUCAGUACCGGCUUGCGGGAUUUGUUUUAUAAAAAUUAUCCAAUUUCCAAGUUUUUCGAGAAAAUGGCUGAUCGUGAAAACUCUGUUCCGUGUUUUUUAGUGUUGGAAGACGGUACAAUUCUACCAGGAGAAUCAUUUGGCGCUCAGACACCCGUAGAAGGGGAAGUAGUUUUCCAAACUGGUAUGGUAGGAUAUCCGGAAUCACUGACAGAUCCCAGUUACCAUUCACAGAUUUUGAUUCUUACUUAUCCUUUCAUUGGAAAUUACGGAGUUCCCGAAGAGAAGAAAGAUGAAAAUGGUUUACCAUAUUUUUUCGAAUCACAUCGUAUAUGGGUAUCAGCAUUGGUUGUUGGAGAACAUUGUGACUCUCCGAGUCAUUGGCGUAGCAAAAAAACAUUAUCAGAAUGGAUGAAAGAACAAAAUGUACCUGGAAUUCAAGGUGUGGAUACAAGACAGCUUACUAAAAAAAUUCGUGAAAAAGGUACAAUACUAGGAAAAAUUGUAUUCACUUUAUCAAUACCAGAUGACCCUUGCAAAAUUAAAGAUCCUAAUACGAGAAAUUUGGUUGCAGAAGUUUCUGUUAAGAAACCGAUAACUUACAACAUUAAAGGUUCUCCAAGAAUAUGUGUAGUAGAUUGUGGAUUAAAAUAUAAUCAAAUUAGAUGUUUUCUCAAUAGAGGCGCUAGAGUUGAUGUUGUGCCUUGGAAUCACAAAUUUAAUAUUGAUGAAUACGACGGACUUUUUCUGAGUAACGGACCAGGAAAUCCACAAAUGUGUCUGGAAACAAUAGAAAAUAUAAAAAAUGUCUUAAGACGAACUGAUAAGAUCAAACCAAUCUUUGGUAUAUGUUUGGGGCACCAGCUUCUCUCAAUAGCUAUUGGAUGUACUAGCUACAAAAUGAAGUACGGAAAUAGAGGUCAUAACCAACCAUGUAUUCACCACGAUACUGGCAGGUGUUACAUGACAUCUCAAAACCACGGUUUCGCAAUUGAUACGACAUCUCUGCCUUCGAAUUGGGAAGCUCUGUUCACAAAUGCAAACGACAAAACUAAUGAAGGUAUUGUACAUAAAACCUUGCCGUUCUUCAGUGUGCAGUUUCAUCCAGAACAUAUGGCAGGUCCCCAAGAUCUUGAAAAUCUAUUUGAGGUGUUUCUAGAAGCCAUUAAGAAAGGAACUACUUGUAAUCUUAAACAACUGAUGACCGAUAUUUUGAGAUAUAAAAUUGAACAGGAUCAAUCCACCACACCAACAAUUAAAAAAGUUCUCAUCAUAGGCUCAGGUGGACUUUCCAUUGGACAAGCAGGAGAAUUUGACUAUUCAGGUUCUCAGGCUAUUAAAGCUCUAAAAGAAGCAAACAUACAAACAGUUCUUAUAAAUCCGAAUAUUGCUACUGUUCAAACCUCAAAGGGUUUAGCCGACAAAGUAUAUUUCUUACCUUUAGUAGCGGAAUAUGUGGAACAAGUUAUAUGUUCUGAAAGACCUAGCGGAGUUCUACUUACAUUCGGCGGUCAGACCGGGUUAAACUGCGGAAUAGAACUACAAUAUCGCGGAGUUUUCGACAAAUAUAAUUGCAAAAUUUUAGGCACACCUAUACAAGCUAUAAUAGACACCGAGGAUCGUAAAGUUUUCAGUCAAAGAAUAGGAGAAAUCGGGGAACAAGUUGCUCCUAGUAUGGCAGCUCAUUCCGUACAAGAAGCUUUAGAUGCAGCAAAUCAACUAGGUUAUCCCGUAAUGGCUAGAGCGGCAUUUUCUUUGGGCGGCUUAGGAUCAGGAUUCGCCAACAACAAAGACGAAUUGAAAACAUUAGCUCUACAAGCUCUAGCUCAUUCCAACCAACUUAUUAUCGAUAAAUCGUUAAAGGGAUGGAAAGAAGUAGAAUAUGAAGUAGUCAGGGAUGCUUUUGAUAAUUGUAUAACAGUAUGUAAUAUGGAGAAUGUUGACCCCUUAGGUAUUCACACUGGAGAGUCAAUAGUAGUAGCACCCAGUCAAACUCUAUCCAAUAAGGAAUACAACAUGCUUAGGACAACAGCUAUCAAGGUUAUCAGACAUUUUGGAAUUGUAGGAGAAUGUAACAUCCAAUACGCUUUAAACCCCAAUUCCGAAGAAUAUUACAUUAUCGAAGUAAAUGCUAGACUAUCGAGAAGUUCUGCCUUAGCUAGUAAAGCUACGGGAUAUCCUCUAGCAUAUGUAGCUGCAAAACUAGCUUUAGGUGUAUCAUUACCAGAAAUUAACAAUUCAGUCACCGGAGUAACAACCGCUUGUUUCGAACCGAGCUUGGAUUAUUGCGUUGUAAAAAUACCAAGAUGGGAUCUUCACAAGUUCAGUAGAGUCAGUAGUAAAAUAGGGAGUUCCAUGAAGAGCGUCGGAGAAGUAAUGUCGAUCGGAAGAAAAUUCGAGGAAGCUUUCCAAAAAGCUUUACGGAUGGUAGACGAAAACGUUUCCGGAUUCGAUCCUUAUUUGAAACCGGUAAACGACGAAGAAUUAAAAGAACCAACUGAUAAGAGGAUGUUCGUUCUAGCGGCGGCUUUAAAAAACAAUUACACCAUCGAAAAAUUAUACGAUCUCACCAAAAUCGACAGAUGGUUUUUGCAAAAAAUGAAAAAUAUAAUCGAUUAUAUGAUUCUUUUGGAGACUUUCGAUCAACACAGCUUACCGAAUAAAGUCCUGCUUAUCGCUAAACAGAUGGGUUUUUCGGAUAAACAGAUAGCUAUCGCCGUUAAAAGUACGGAAUUAGCUGUACGAAUGCAACGGGAAGAAUUCGGAGUAAUGCCCUUCGUGAAACAAAUAGAUACGGUUGCAGCAGAAUGGCCUGCCACGACGAAUUAUUUGUACUUAACGUACAAUGCUUCUGAACACGAUUUGAGUUUCGAAGAUGAACACGUUAUGGUACUAGGAUCCGGAGUUUAUAGAAUAGGUAGUUCCGUUGAAUUCGAUUCGUGCGCUGUGGGUUGCCUAAGAGAAUUAAGAAGAUUGAAUAAGAAAACUAUAAUGGUUAAUUAUAAUCCAGAAACUGUUAGUACCGAUUACGAUAUGUCGGAUAGGUUGUACUUCGAAGAAAUAUCAUUCGAAACUGUCAUGGAUAUUUACAAUAUAGAAAAUCCUAGCGGUAUUAUACUAUCAAUGGGAGGUCAGUUACCGAAUAACAUUGCCAUGGAUUUACAUAGGCAACAGACUCGUAUUUUAGGCACGUCUCCGGAUUCAAUCGAUGGAGCAGAAAAUAGAUUCAAGUUUUCACGUAUGUUGGAUAGAAUUGGAAUUAUGCAGCCGCAUUGGAAAGAAUUAACUAACCUCAAAUCCGCCAUUGAGUUUUGCGAGGAAGUCGGAUAUCCCUGUUUAGUUCGACCUUCGUACGUCCUAAGCGGAGCGGCUAUGAACGUUGCCCAUUCGAAUCAAGAUCUAGAAACUUACCUAAACGCUGCUAGUGACGUUAGUAAAGAACACCCUGUCGUAAUAUCGAAAUUUUUAUUGGAAAGUAAAGAAAUAGACGUCGAUGCGGUAGCUUGUGACGGCGUUAUACUCUGUAUGGCCGUAUCGGAACACGUCGAAAACGCCGGAGUACAUUCCGGUGAUGCCACUCUCGUAACACCCCCUCAAGAUAUAAAUAGUGAGACGUUAGCUAAAAUUAAAUACAUUGUUAAAUCUAUAGCGGCGUCUUUAGAAGUGACAGGACCUUUUAACAUGCAACUAAUAGCAAAAGAUAACGAUCUUAAAGUGAUCGAAUGUAAUGUAAGAGUUUCCAGAUCGUUUCCGUUCGUUUCUAAAACGUUAAAUCACGAUUUUGUCGCUAUGGCGACGAGAGUUAUAGUUGGAGAAGAAGUCGAACCUGUGGAUAUACUUUCCGGUUGCGGUAGAGUCGGAGUGAAAGUACCCCAAUUCUCUUUUUCGAGAUUGGCCGGAGCCGAUUUUAUGCUCGGCGUUGAAAUGGCUUCUACGGGAGAAGUAGCUUGCUUCGGAGAUAACAGAUACGAGGCCUACUUGAAAGCUUUGAUGAGUACCGGAUUCAACAUUCCAAAAAAAUCAAUUUUACUCUCGAUUGGAACUUACAAACACAAAGCGGAGUUUUUGCCGAGCAUGAGAUCGUUACAAAAAAUGGGAUACAAAUUAUAUGCUAGUUUAGGAACUGCUGAUUUUUACACUGAACACGGAGUGAAGGUUGAAUCGGUGCAAUGGACGUUCGAUUCUAUAGAUGACAGCAUAUGUCAGGGAGAGCUGAAACCUUUGGCCGAAUUUCUAUCUAAAAAACAAUUCGAUCUUGUUAUAAAUCUUCCUAUGAGAAACGGAGGUGCUAGGCGAGUAUCGUCAUUUAUGACUCACGGUUAUCGAACCAGAAGAUUAGCCAUAGAUUAUUCCAUUCCAUUAAUUACUGAUGUGAAAUGUGCCAAAUUACUUGUAGAGGCUCUUCGAAUAAUAGGAAAAGCUCCACCGAUGAAAACUCAUACAGAUUGCAUUAGUUCACGUAACAUAAUUAAAUUACCCGGUUUCAUAGAUACCCACGUACACGUCAGGGAACCUGGAGCUACUCAUAAAGAAGAUUAUCAGUCGUGUACUGCAGCAGCUUUAGCAGGAGGAAUUACCCUUAUUUGUGCUAUGCCUAAUACCAAUCCUGCCAUCAUUGAUGAGGAAUCAUUUGCUUUGGUUAAGAAACUAGCGAAAGAAGGUGCUAGAUGCGAUUAUGCUCUUUUCGUCGGUGCUUCAUCCGACAACACUUCUGCAAUCUCCGAAUUAGCCGCCGAAGCAGCGGGCCUAAAAAUGUACCUCAAUGAAACAUUUACUACCCUUCGUCUCAAUGACCUGGAAGUUUGGUCUAAACAUUUAGCAAACUGGCCGAAACGUGCUCCGUUAUGUGUACAUGCCGAGUCUCAAACUACUGCAGCUAUAAUAUUGUUGGCGAGCUUACAAAACAGACCUAUUCACAUAUGUCACGUGGCCAGGAAGGAAGAGGUACUUAUAAUUAAAGCAGCAAAGGAAAAGGGAUUGAAAAUAACGUGUGAAGUCUGUCCGCAUCAUUUGUUUUUAUCGACCAACGAUAUCGAUCGAAUAGGAGCGACAAAAAGUCAGGUUAGACCAGUUUUGGUGUCUCCAGAAGACCAACAAGCACUUUGGGAUAACCUCCACGUCAUCGACUGCUUUGCAACAGAUCACGCUCCGCACACCAUUGAGGAGAAACUAAGUAAAACACCUCCGCCAGGUUUUCCGGGCUUGGAAACUAUCUUACCACUUUUACUUAACGCCGUCAACGAAGGUAGAAUGACCUUAGACGAUCUCAUAAAUAAAUUCCAUAAGAAUCCUAAGAAAAUUUUCAAUCUUCCCGAUCAACCAAACACGUACGUCGAAGUGGAUAUGGAAGAAGAAUGGGUUAUUCCUGAUAGUAUGACUUACAGCAAAUCUAAAUGGACACCGUUUGCUGGUAAAAAGGUGAAAGGUGCUGUACAUAGAGUCGUCCUUCGCGGGGAAGUAGCCUAUGUAGAAGGACAAAUAUUAGUUCAACCUGGUUUUGGACAAAAUGUACGUGAUUGGGAGAAACGUCUCUAUGUAACUUCAGUAGAAAUGAGUCGACCAUCAUCAAUUUUAGCUCUCGAUCGACCAUUGUCUCCUUAUUUAUUCAACAAUAGCAGCGAUUACGAAAAUGAUGGACAGACUAAUGAGAUAUUUUCCAAACUACUAUCAACUGAAGGAAAAGUUCAUUUUGCAAAUGAACCUCACACUCUAGAUAGAUUGCUAUCUCCCAUACCACCAAGAAUACGUACAGAAAGUUUCUCUGCCACUGGUGAUAAGAAACUUAAACCUGAAGGAUUAACAGAUCAGUCACAAAUUCAUCAUUAUUCCCAACAUAAUCCGCUCCACAACAAACACAUUUUGAGCGUUGAUACAUUUACUAAAGAUCAACUUAACGACAUAUUCAAUUUGGCACAAACUUUCAGAGUUUAUGUCGGAAAAGAUAGACCUUUAGAUCAAAUUUUAAGAGGAAAAAUUAUGGCUUCCAUUUUCUAUGAAGUUAGUACUAGAACUAGUUGUAGUUUCUCUGCAGCUAUGCAAAGACUUGGCGGCAGAGUAAUUUACAUGGACGAAACAAGUUCAUCUGUAAAAAAAGGUGAAACAUUAGAAGAUUCCAUCGCAGUAAUGGCAGGUUAUGCUGAUGUAGUGGUUUUAAGACAUCCUGUUCCUGGUUCGGUACUUAAAGCUUCGCAUCAUUGUAGAAAACCUCUCAUAAAUGCAGGAGAUGGUGUUGGUGAACAUCCAAGUCAAGCCCUUUUAGAUAUUUUCACAAUUAGAGAAGAAAUUGGUACUGUUAACGGUCUAACUAUUACCCUUGUUGGAGAUUUGAAAAACGGUAGAACCGUUCAUUCUUUGGCUAGACUUUUAACUCUAUACAACGUACAGUUAAGAUAUGUCAGUCCUCCAAGCUUGAAGAUGCCGGAUCACAUUACAUCAUUUGUCAAGUCUAAAGGAAUCAGCCAACAGGAAUACAAUAGUCUGGAAGAAGUUUUGCCUGAAACUGAUGUUUUAUAUAUGACGAGAAUACAAAAAGAAAGAUUUACCAGCGAAGAAGAAUAUGAGAAGGUUUGUGGACAAUUCGUGGUAACUCCAAAAUUAAUGACGAGAGCUAAAAGGAAAAUGGUAGUUCUUCAUCCACUUCCCAGGGUGUUCGAAAUAAGUCCAGAAUUCGAUACUGAUCCCAGAGCAGCUUAUUUCCGGCAAGCUGAAUGUGGAAUGUACGUGAGAAUGGCUCUACUUGCUAUAGUUUUAGGAAAAUGCUGAUACGGAUCAUUCCUAUCUAUUAUUUAAUUUUGAUUCAUUCCAUUUUUAUACCAACUUUUUUAUUUAUAUAAAGAAACACAAGAUCGAAAUCUUAACUAUCUCAUUCUACUUUUUUAUUUCAAGAAUUCUUGUUAGAACUUAAUUUUAUAGUAGGGUACAUGGAAGAACUCAAAUACGCCUGAAAUUUCAACAUUUAUUUUGCCUAACCCAAAACUAAAUAAAAAUGUUUUAUAGUUAAGCACGCUUAUGCAAAACACUCAUUAUGUUUAUGAAAUUAUUGGAAAAAAAUACAAAACAGCGUAUUUACAAAAAUUCAAAACAUCCUGUUACAAAUUUUUUUUCCUAAAAUAAAACAAAUUCACUUCGUUUCAAUAUUCUGUUUUAUCAACAUGUGGUAUCAACAUGUAUACCACUGACAGUUCAAUCAACAUUUUCACAUGAAUGUAAUGAUUUUUUUGUAGUUUCUUUUUCUUUGUUCCAAAAGUACUUCUGGGAGGGAAUUGCUUAAUUUUUUUCAAUACACUUUUGUUUUUUGAGCAUCUCGUAAAAUUCAUCACAAGAACGAUCGAAAUUCACUCGUACCAUCAACAUAGAUCUUACCGUUUCGAUCUUUAGACGACAUUUUUCGAAAGUACCAAGUAACAGUUUUUACUUAUUUUAUAAAACUUAAAUAAUUCAAAUUCUCGUAUUACUGGUAAAAAAAUGGGACUUUUCGUAAUCCAACGGGACAACUUCAAAAGCCUAAAGUUACAGGACUAUCUCGUUUAAAACGGAACGUAUGGCCAGCAUAUACAUAAACAAAAAUAUUUUUCUUUGGAUUCUGGAGAAAUAGAAAAAUAUAUGAAAACUUGAGCAACUUUUAAAUAACAAAAUACCAUGACGAAUAUUACGCACAAUCUCUCUCUAUUCUAAUUGAAACAGUUCCUUUAUUUCUGUGUUGAAUCAAAUAUUAUUGAAUAACUAAUAACUUUAUGAUUAAUUUGUAAAGAAAUAAUUUUAUAUCAUUGCCAUGUAAUUUUUUUCAUUCAUUUCAAUAAAAAAGAUUAUACUUUUCUUAUAAUGUCUUAAGUUCGAAUAUUUAAUUUUCACUUUUGACAGGCUAUUCAAAUCUCUUUUAAAUAUACUCAGGGUGCAUUCCACUAAGCACUCACGACAAUCACGUUCACGAUCUUUAUACCGUUCCACUUAGUCCAGAGUCCAGUAAACCAAAGCUAAUGCCUUACGAGACGUUUUGACCAUUGAGCUAAAUAUUAACUAAUGACAAAACAGAAAAAAAUAAUGUGAAAGCUUAUGAUUAUGUUAUAAUUUGUAAAUUAUUGAAUGUUUUAGUUUAAUGCUUAAUUGAUAUACAUUGAAGUAAAAUCAAAAUAUUUUCGGCGGCGAUAGUAAAAUAUUUAGUGGUGAGUCACAAGAAUACUUCAAAAGUACCGCAUCAAAUAAUGAGAUAGAUUCUCAUGACUGCAAUCUGCGUUGCUUGAGUUUUGAAAAUUCCGCUAAUUCUUUCAACGCUCGCUUCGACCCACCUCUUUACAAGGGUCGUCGUGAAUGUUCUCGCCGCCACCACCACGAUCGUAGUCGCUAUGUGGAACAUCCAAGACAGUAUUUCAUGCGCUAUGAAUGCUUAUUAGUGGAAUGCACUGUCAGUGACAUCAAAUCUGCACAGUUGCCACUGUUUAGAAUGUGAUUUCCCCGAGGUUUGUUUUCAAUUAAACUAGGAAUAUUCAAAUUUUGUUUAGUCGCUGCUAUGAUCACUACAAAUAUCCAAAUUGCAAAUAGAUAGAAAUUUCCACUGGUAUAUGAGCUUUGUUUUUAAUUAAACCAGGUGUAUGUACAUUUUGUUCAGUGACUGCUAGUGCCGCUACAAAUUUUAAAUUUAAUGAAAAAACUAUUUUUGUUUAUACGGUUAUCCCAGAAAGUAGUUCAUUUAGACAUAGGAAUAUUUUAUAAAAAUGGAAAUCAUUAUAAAUAUAGUUUUUAACAUAAAGCAGAA